AUGGUUGUAACAAGUAUUCGAGGACCUUCUAAUAGUCUACCAUUUAUCGGUGAUGCUCUCCUCUUCUUAGGUCUAACACCAGAAGGUAUUUAUAAAUUUGGUAGCGGCCUGUUCAAGCAAUAUGGAAAGGUUUUCCAUUUUUGGUUAGGUCAUACGAGUGCUUUGGUGGUCGCUGAUCCCAAAUAUUAUAAGCAUAUCUUGUUUAACUCGAAUGUGAUCUCUAAACCUAAGCAAUAUGAAUUGCUUAGUUAUAUAACCGGCGAUGGACUUAUAGCUAAUAAAUCGAGUACAAAAUGGUAUGGGAGGCAUAAAAUUAUAACUCCCGCAUUCCAUUACAAAUUACUAAAUCAAUAUAUUGAGAUAUUCGAUAAAAAUAGUAUCGAAUUAACCCAGCAAUUGGAAACGUAUGCAGACGGUAGGACCGUACUGGAUGCUUACUUUUGGACAGCUCGUUCCACUUUAGCGAUAAUACUGGAAACAGUUCUCGACACCAAAUAUAAUCCAGACAACAUAGAUCAUGCAACCUACGUGCAUAAUAUUCUUGAAGUUAUGCAUUUAUUUGGUGAACGGGCAGUAAGACCUUGGCUGCAUGAUGAAUUCUUCUACAAAUUACUCGAUAGUAAAAACUAUAGGAAGUCACAACGAUUAUUAAAAUCUGUUAAUGGAUUCUAUGAUAAAAUUCUGCAACGCAAGCGGCAAGCAUACGAACUUGAAAGGACAACUUCUCUUGAAAACGUAAGCGAGAACGGCACCCAUGAUAACGAUGUGUUGGGUUUCGAACGACAACGUAAGCCUUUUAUUGAUAUAUUGUUACGCUCGCAAAUCAACGGCAAGCCCCUAACCGAUCAAGAUAUACGCGAUGAGAUUUAUACAAUUAUAAUCGCUGGUAAUGAUACAACGGCCAAUGCUUUAGCCUAUACCAUGUACGCGGUAUCGUGUUACCCGGAAAUACAGCAAAGAAUUUAUCAAGAAAUUUCACAAGUCUUGGGCAAUUUUCAUCAACGUUCAUUGACAAUGAAUGACUUAAAUGCAAUGAAAUAUCUCGAGUCUACCAUAAAAGAAGCCAUGCGUAUGUAUACUAUAGUCCCGAUAUUUGCUCGCUAUCUCUUUGAAGAUAUUAAAAUUGACGAUAAAGUUAUACCGGCCGGUACCACAGUCGCCUUCCUAUCGUUAUUCAGCAACAGUGAUCCCGAAAUAUUCUCCAGGCCAGACGAAUUCUUGCCUGAACGCUUUCUUAAUGACAGCUUGAAUACGCUUGAUCCCUUUGCUUUUAUACCUUUUGCUGGUGGUCCUCGCAAAUGCAUCGGCGGACGAUUUGCUUUGCUACAAAUGAAAUGUACAAUGAUUCGAUUGCUAUUGCAUUACGAAUUUAUACGUUUGGGUAGUGAACCAAGGCCCGCCUACUCAGUUGGUAUGCAUUCCAAAAAUGGCAUAAAUAUCGCAAUUUAUUUUAUCAAUGAAAAAUGGGCGAAUAAGCGUAUGGGCCAUGAUACCAUAUCUGCUAUAGGCUUUCAAUACAAUCGUAUACUUUGUCCUGCAAUUGAUUUUAUUCUGGAUGCAAUAUUCACCCUCUCCGUGACGAUGGUUCUGCUGCAGUCUACAAUCGAUGGUAAGCCAUUAAGCAAUGAGGAUAUACGGGAAGAAGUAGAUACUUUCAUGUUUGAAGGACAUGAUACGACCACUAGUGGUCUCGCUCACACUUUAUAUCUGCUUGCUCGUCAUCCCAACGCACAACAGAAGGCCUACGAAGAAGUUCAACAAGUGUUAAACAAAUCCAAAACUGAACCGAUUACUAUGAAAGACUUGCAAAACUUAAAGUAUUUGGAAUGUGUCAUUAAGGAGGCAUUGCGUUUACAUCCUUCAGUGCCUUUAAUAGCACGUGUUUCAGAGGGAGAAUUUAAAAUCGGAGAUUUUACUCUGCCGCGCAAUACUCAUGUAAUUCUGUCCUUGUAUGCUGUCGGUCGGGAUCCUAAAUAUUUUUCGAAUCCUGAUGACUUCCUGCCCGAGCGUUUUCUAUCGGAGAAUACAACAAAAAUGCAUCCAUUUGCUUUUGUCCCCUUCAGUGCCGGUCCACGUAAUUGUGUGGGACAAAAAUUUGCUAUGCUUGAAAUGAAAAUGAUUAUCGGCAAAGUAUUGCGAGAUUAUGAAAUAUUGCCUUUGGGACCCGAUAUUAUGCCAAUAAUGUCUUUAAUUUUACGUUCAACAACAGGAAUGGGAGAGAAGCUUGUUACUGACGAGUACAGCAGCUAGUCUUGGACGGAAAGCUCGCUUUUUCAAAUAAAAGUUUUGAGUUAACAAAUUUUUGGAAAUAUAGUGUUCGAAUUGAUAGAAAUCGUUUCUUUAUCAAUCGAUUUAGAAUCGAAUAAUUUUGUGAAUCAAUUUAACCUUGUCCGUCAGUGUUGAAAUUAAGAAUGAAUUGGACUGAAUCGCCUUUGCCCGCCACUCCCCAUAUGACGCUUUAUUUUAGAACUUUCGUUAUAUGAAAAAAAAAUUACAAUAUUCAAGAUUUCUUGAUCAAAAAGUACCGGUUAUUUAUUGACACACCCAAUAUAAAAUGCAAUAAAAACAAUAUUUUAUUUAAAGUAUGUUCAUCGUAUUUUUGAUUGUGUUUUGCGAAUUGGAUGAAUCGACAGUUGGCAGGUAAAAAAGUGUCCUUGUGUUGUUUUCUUUGAUAUUCAAGCCAUUUUUCUAACGGCGGACUAUUCAGAUCGAUUAGCUGUUGUUUCAACUUUUCCAUCAGAUUUUCUCCAUCUGAUUACACCAAACGUAGACUAUCGAUUUUUUACUAUAGCGAUUUGGUUUUGCCGAUGCAGUUAUUUAUUUUUCACUUGGACUUCUCAAAACAAAUCCGCUUCUCAUCUCAUCCUUUUGUAUCCUUCAAGGCAAAAACAAAUACAGCUAUCGACGAGUACCCUUUUUUUACCGCAAAUUGUGAGAAGUGGAAAAAGGGAAUGCUGUAGAGAGGUGGUCGCUUAAUGGGCUUCUAAGUGCUCACCGGCUAUGCUUUUAGUGACGG